GUCCAGGGUUCGAGUCCCAUUGUGCUGGGUGCUAUGUCAUUCACAAUGGGACUUUUAAUAAUUGUUUUUCUGUGUCUUACAAUUUGCCAUCUGAAGGCACAAGAGCUCCCACGCAACUACAAGGUUAUUGUUGAUGUGACUUCAACAGUGGGAAACUUAAGAAGAAUAUGGGAUAACACAGGGCUAAGCCCUCCAGGUCCAGGAGAACAGUCAGUCAGAUACUUAACAUCCAGAGAUAUGCUUGUCAAUCUGGCUCUUGUGGGAUCCCUUCCAUUCAAAGGAAUAUCCCAUGUCAGAAUACAUUGGCUACUAGAUUUGAUCACAGUGGAAGACAAAAGUGUCCCAUUGUAUGACUACAGUUUGUUGGACGACCUGCUGUUGUGGAUGAGACUUCAUAGAAUGAGACCAGGGUUUGAACUGAUGGGCAACCCAGGCAAUCUCUUCAGUGAUCUUGACUCUAACCCAAAUACUAUUAUAUUGUGGCAGAAUUUUAUCAUAGAACUUGCCCAACAUUUAGUAAGUAUGUACGGAAAAGAGGAGGUUAAGAGAUGGAGAUUUGAACUGUGGAAUGAACCUGACUCAAAACAAUACAACAUCCUCAAUUUGACUGUUUCAGGUUACAAUAAGUAUGCUGUUGCCUCCAUGAAGGGACUAGCUGUGCAUGGACUGAGCCUGAGUGGCCCUGCAGGCACCUUCAGAGACUUGAAUCAUCACAACAUCAGCUGGGGCUUCCUUCAGAUGUGCAGCUCUAUGAUAUCUCUAACUGGGAGCUGUGGUGUAGAAGCCAUUACAUUUCACAAGAAAGGCGAGGGAAUGGCAGAGACAGUAGUAAGCUCCACCUCAGAGUUCUAUUCAACAGCUACCACUCUCUAUCCCUCGCUGAAAAAUCUUUCCUUUGCAAACAAUGAAGCUGAUAUUCUCUCAGGAUGGUGGCGGGAGGAGACAUGGAGGGGAGAUGUUGCAUAUGCUUCUUACGUUUCUGAGGUCUUAAUGUUGUUUCUUGAGAAAAUUAAAAUGGAAGGACUGCCACUGUCUUACAUUAGUAAUGACAAUGGUUUCAUGAAUGAGCCACCGUCGUACUUCAACCAAAGAACUCUACUCACCAGAUUUCAGUACAAUGGUCCCAAAGGGUCUCUCAGCCAAUUUGUUCGUAAACCAGUCAUGAUUACAAUGGCCCUACUGAGCUAUCUUGGGCCAAAAGAGUUGCCAGUUUUCUUGAGACACCUGGGUAAUCAUCCUUGUAACUCUAGGUUGUCAGUCCUGGCUGGCAGUGAUGGAGUGGAUAUAGGACCUGGUUGGAGUGCGGCCAUCAUGAUGUCCCUCGGACCUUCUAAUCAAACAUUCUGUCCUGAAAACAAACUCGAUAUUAAAAUAGGCAGACUGCCUCUAAGCAAAGAUUUUAAGUUUGUGGUGUACCAGCUGGACAACGAGCAAACAAAUCCUAGAACUGUUUGGGAACAGAAUGGUACACCUGAUCAUCCUAGCAGUGAUUUACUUCACAGAAUGAGAAAACAGGAGGGACCUGCUGUAGUUCAGUCCGGAAUUGUCACAAGUGAUUGGUUAGUUCUGAGUUUGCCAGCCAGGAACCCCAGUAUAACUAUGGUACAUCUUUGCACCAACACACAGAAACAACCUGCCAAGGUUCUUAGCUUUCAUGCACUCAAUGUCACAUUCAAUCAAGUUUUACUUCUUUGGCACGAUUCUGAUACCAGAUGUCUGAAAACUUAUGAAGUAUACUUCUGCAGUGGGGAAUGUCAAAAUGGGAAUUUCAGUAAAAUUACAGACAGAAAUAUUAUAAUGCUCUCUUAUCAGUUUAAAUCUCCUUCAGAUUCUCUUUCCACAGAAGGUACCAGGGGAAAAUAUAUAGUCAGAGCGAGAGAUUAUUGGGAUCAAGUCAGUGAUUUUUCAGAUGUGCUUCAAUAUAAUUAAAAAUUAUAUUUUUUAUGCCAAAUAUUUUACAGGACGUGUUAUUUUAGUUUUUUAAUAAAGGGCUUGACUUCCUCAA